GGUUUGUCCACGCUGGCUUCCCAUAGUCAACAGGAUGUCCGGGAUACUUUAAUCGGGUCUGGGCUGGACAGGGCUGGGAUCCUGGCCGAGUUUACCCGAUGGCUGCAGUGUUUCUGGUGAUGCUCUACGAGUAUUCACCUCUCUUUUACAUCGCCGUGGUCUUCACCUGCUUUAUUGUGACCACCGGCCUGGUGCUGGGAUGGUUUGGUUUGGAGGUUCCAGUAAUCCUGAGAAAUUCAGAAGAGAUAGAAUUCAACACAAGAGUAUCCAAAAAGGAGAUGAAACAAGUCAAGAAUCCUUUUGGUUUAGCCAUCACUAAUCCAACUUCAGCCUCAAUCACAAAUGGCAUAGCAUUAACACCUGAUUGUAUUGAAGAAAGCAUCCUUACCUGCUACUGGGGUUGUGAUGUUCAAGAACUGUAUGAAGCACUGCAGAAGCACGUUUAUGUCUCCAGAAUAAAUACUCCACAGGCACUAGAACAUGCUAUAUAUAGCAAAUAUGUCUAUCGAGAACAACAUUUUGUAAAGAAAAACAGCAAAGAAGAAAAAUAUUGUCAAUUACCAAGUGAUGCUAAAAUUGAAGAUUUUGGCAUUGUUCCUAGAUCUCAGUAUCCACUGGUAGCACUUCUGACUUUAGCUGAUGAAGAUUCCCAAAGACUUUAUGAUAUUAUCUCAAUGGUGACUGUGAUUCAUAUUCCUGAUAAGAAAUACAAACUUUCCUGCAGAAUAUUAUAUCAGUAUGUACUACUGGCUCAAGGCCAAUUCCAUGACCUUAAGCAACUUUUCAUGUCUGCAAAUAGUAAUACGCCAUCAUUGAGUAAUUCCUCUCCAGAAGAGCAAAGUACUGACAGACAUUUGUUGGAAAAAGCUGGACUGGCUGAAAGCGAAGUGGAACAAUAUGAAGAAAAUAGCAAAGACUGUGUUGUUUGCCAGAACGGGAAGGUGAAUUGGGUACUCUUGCCGUGUAGACACACAUGCUUGUGUGAUGGCUGUGUUAAGUAUUUUCAGCAGUGCCCUAUGUGUAGACAAUUUGUCCACGAAUAUUUUGCACUCUGCAAUCAAAAAGAACAAGAUAAAGAAACACCAAAAAGUGAAGGGACGGUAACUUCUUAAAGAUUUUGUCUACUGAAGAUGGAGACAGUUUUUUUGCUUUAAAUCAGUCAUAAUUUAAAGUCUGUGCAGUAUUGCUGGUAAGUGAUAAGAAUUACUUUCUAACUUCAUAUUUGUACAGUGCAUUUGUAAUAUAAACUGUGUUCAUUCUACUCAAUAUGUCUAUCAGAAUAGAAGUCACCUGCAGUGUUACAUAAAAAUUACAGCUUUUUUGAAAUAUAUAAAUGUUAACUUCCUGUAGUGUUAAAUCAUUCUUUAAAGAGACACAUCUAAAACUUAGAGGGAAAAUAGAGAAUGUUAAAUUUUCUUUCAUUAACACAUUUUUUUUCUUUAAUGUGCAAUUAGGAAAAAAUUUUGCAUAAAUAAUUGUAUACUUAGGUUAUAUGAAAGAAGAAUAGAAUGGCAUUCUAAACCUUGCCAAAUCUUUUUCCUAAAAGUUGGUUAGCUUUUAGAUAUACCUCUAUGUUUGCACUUGAAAUGUAACUGAUAUUCAUACAUGUAUAAUUAUACGCAGAAAUCAGUUUUUAAAUGCAGGUUCUACAUUAGAAAUACAGUAUUCUAUAUUUAAGUGUUUUCAUUGUAUCAGGUAUUAAUAUUCAUGAACCAGAUAUGAAACUUGAGCAAUGAAAUAAUUUCUUUAAGAAAAUAUCAGAAUAUCAGAAUGACACAUUGAUAAGAUGGACAGUGUGAUUAUUAAUGUAAAUCUUUUAUUUUCUGUAAGAGUUGAGAUGCAUUACUUCACUUUUGUUCCUCUAUAGUCUAUCUACAACAGAAUAGAUUUUGAAGGCACCAAAAUGCACCUAAAGAAGAAAUAAAAAUUAAUAUUGUGUGUUUUUUUCCCUAAUAAAUCCCAAGCCCUUCUGAAAGAUAAGUAUUUUGGUUCAUUUGUUGACUUUUCUGUUUAAAAGGUAAUAAUGCCAAGUGAGCUGGUUUCAUCAUUACUGUAAAGAUAAAGCAGAGCUUCCAGGGUCCUUAAUGAAGACUUCCCAUUGCAGAUUAGAACAAGAAGAAAAAAUAGACCUUGUGAGCAACUCGGCUAUAGAUACCAUCCAGGGACACACUUAAGCUUGACAUUUAUUAUGUAUACAAAGUCCCAUUAAAAAAAAAAAACAACACCCCAAAAUGAGAUGAGACCAUCUAUAUCCAUAAAGUACCUGUCUAAAUUUCAUAAAUGCUGGAUCCUCUUCACUUUAGUCUUAAAGGUCUGGUUUAUGAUCCAACAGCACUUGUCUUACUGAUUCCAUAUGCACAUCACCCUUCCUGCAUUCACAUGGCCACCACACCAGUUUAGGCCUUUAUCACAUUUCAUCUGAACCAUUGUAAUAGCCUCCUAAUUGGUCCCUCUGCCUUACAUCUUUAGCCUUUACAAGUCAUCCUCCACACAGUUGCCAAAAUCACCAUAUUACUCCCCUAGUCAAGAACCUAUUGUUUUUAGUAUAUUAUAUAAACUCAGCGUGUCAUUUAAAGCUCUUCACAAAUCAGACUUUAUUAUUCCCCUUCAUAUUCCUCGUUUCAUACAAACCAGCCUGUGUGCUUUUCCAUGAACUUGGCAAUCUGUUUCCUACUUUGCACAGGCUAUCUUCAAGCUCUUCACUUCCACCUCCUAGAAUGUGCCCAUCUCCCUUCAAAACUGACAUCAUGGAAGCAUUUUUGUCCAUUGGUUGCUAAUGCUUUCUCCUUCCUUAAUAUGUAUGUGCUAACCUAGUUACAUGUUUAAUAAAUUAACAACAUUUCAUUAAGUACUUAUUCUGUGCCAAAUGCUAUGUUAGGUGCUGGAGAUACAGAGACAGUGAAUGAAACAAUCCCUAUUCACAAGGACUUUACAUUUUAAUGGGGAAGACAAGUUAUAGAAUAAAUACAAAUAAAACACGUAAUAUUUAUAAAUGUUUUAUCCCCACAAUAAAUUCCUCAGGGAAAUCUUGUCUUUGUAGCCCCUUUACCCAGCAUAGUGUCAUAUACAUAGAAAGCACUCAAUAAAUAUGAGUUCAGUUGGAUUAUAGUUCCCUUCAUUACAUGCUUCAGGAAUAAUGAGCCCUAAUCUGAGUCAAGUAGGAGCAAUUACAAGAGUAGAAACCAAGACAAAACUAACUAGUCCACUCUUUAAACGUAUAUUAUUUAUUAAAUGCCUUCUGUGUAUAGAGUGCUGGUCCUAGAUCUUUGGAGAAAUUCAAAGUUUAGAGAAAAUGUUUGCUGCCCUUAAGAAGGAUAGUAGAAUCUAUGUGAACAACAAUAUGCAAACAAAAUGGAGAGGUUUUUCAGUGAUGGGUGUGAGUGAUUCUAUGAUAUUAACCUUUUAUGUGAAAUCUAGGUAUAACAGCAUUAUGGAAGGGAAAGAUGGAGCUCUGACUGUUCAUUUGACUUAGCAAUAGGCAACUUGUCAAUGUCUCUCUUUUUUUUUUUUUUUUGUGGGGCAAUGAGGGUUAAGUGACUUGCCCAGGGUCACACAGCUAGUAAGCGUCAAGUAUCUAAGGCUGGAUUUGAAAUGAGGUCCUCCUGAAUCCAGGGCCGGUGCUUUAUCCACUGCGCCACCUAGCUGCCCCUUUGUCAAUGUCUCUUAAGAGAAACCCUUCAAGCCCUAGUCCUGCAAGUAGACUAUUAACGUGGUUUCAUGGCAAAUAAGAUGAUUUUUUUUGUCAUGUUUCAAAGGAAACCUAGAGCAAUAUUGUGUUUUUCUUUCAGUACUCUUUAGUGCUUUAUAUCAGAACUCCAUUCCAUCUGGGUGAAGACUUUUAAAUAUACUAGAAUAUAGAUAAUAAUGCUGACAAAGAUAAAAUAUAGAUCUUACAACUGUAAAAGUAAGUAUUGUGUUGGUGAGAGAAUAGAUAUGGAAGACCACAUGUGACCAGACAAGUGAGUCCCUGUCUGACCAGGCAAGUUGAGUGUCUGUGCUUCAGAUUUAAAAUGAAGUGAGACAAUUCAUAGUCCAUCUAACAGUUAACAAAAGGACAUCUACUUAGCCAUAUCAGGGGAUGGACAUUCAGAGGAGGGAAAAGAUAUUCAUCCAGGAUAUAGUCUUGAUUUAUCUGAAUGCAGCUCUCCUAUAUUGAUAUUGGUCAUUCAGAGGGCUGAGGGAAGAACUCAAUCCCAUCAUGCCCUGACUGUUUUUCUGUUCCAGCUACCAGGAAGCAAAUUUGACACCUAAGCCUUAGUUUGAAUACUUAAUGAAGGAAAAACUAACUUAACGUGUAAGGGUAGGACCUUAGGAAAAGCAAGUCUAGCUUAUGUGCCAGAACCCUAAACAAUAUUGUUCCUAUCACAAGAGGGAUGCAAUAAUGAUUAAAAGAUUAAGCCAGGAAUUAGGAAAGCCUUAGUUUUAGUCCUAGCUCUGCCAUUAUUUACUUAUGUGAUCCUUGCAGAUUCAACUGAAAUGUUAUAAACAAAAUGUAUUUAAUAAAAUAUUUUUAUUCAUCUAACAUUUCUUUUAUUUUCUUUAUCCAUAAGGUGGGAAGGGUAAUAGCCACCCUGUCUACCUGACAGAAUUACAUAAUUUUUUUUUAAAAGGUACCAUUUUAAAUUCAUGUUUUGGAUUGUACUAUAUAACCUAUGGCAAAUUGCAUGCUGUCUUUGGGUGGGGUGAGGUAGGGAGGGGGAAAAAUUUGGAAUUCAGAAUCUUACAAAAAAGAAUGUAGAAAACUAUAUCUACAUAUAAUUGGGAAAAAAAUACUAUUAAGAUGGGGGGGAAUUUUUAAACAUUUAGAAAAAGCCAACAAAACAACAAGAGAAAGGCAGUUAGGCAUCAUAGUAGAUAGAGUGCUAGGCCUUGUGUUAGGAAGAUUCGAGUUCAAAAUCUGUCUCAGACACUUAGCUAGCUAUGUGACCCUAGACAAGACACUUAACCUCUGUUUGCCUGUUUCCUCAAUAAUAAAGUUCCCACCCCACAGAGUUGUGAGAAUCACAAGAUCAUAUUUGUAAAAUAAUAAGGCAUGUACUAGAUGCUAUAUAAAUGCUUAUUGCCUUCCCCCCCUACACCAUGAAAAAAAAAACCAUUAUUGGAAGGUCACUUUCAUUCUUUUUGUAAAUAGGAGGGAGAUUGUGUUUGUAGAAUCUACUCUUAUCCAUUUUUAGUUAUGGCUUUUGCUUCUGUUUUUCUUUGUGCUAAGGAAAGAUUACAUGGGAGGGAUGAAGUUGUGAUAUCUGUAACUGUCUU